AUGACAAGACGCGAGAGUAAUAGGGCUCCGCCAAAGGAACUACCAAAGGUACCACCGGUCUUGUUAAACCCGCAUGUGGUAGUAAUUGUGGAUUUGUUGGAGGAUGGGAUGGAUUCUCAAAUCGGAUCUGACAAAACCGAUUCAGAACAGCCUAUGCUGUCACAGAAACCCACAUACCUUUCCAAGCUUCCCGAUCUAGAAGAAACGGAGGUCGCAGCUGUCUUCUCGGGUGUUAUGCCCGUGGAGGAGAUCCGAGUAAAUGAAAAGCGCUAUCUAGAGGAAAAGGAAGCACUGGUACUAUUGCACGCCAAUGCAUGUAGUAUAAGAAAAAAACGGGCAGAAUUGGCCACAGCGGCAGAGGGCACGAUAGUCGACCCAAUUGUUCGGUCUGAAAUUUGA